CCGGGGGCGGGGCCCGGCGGCCCGGGCUGGGCAGCAGCGCGCGGACCAGAGCGGCCCGAGGGACGGAGGCGCCGGCGGCCGGACAGCAGCGCCCGCGGACAUGGAGGCUCUGAAGGCCUUCGACGACGACCUCAACGCCUUCCUGGAGUACAUGUUCGGGCCUCGAGAUGCCCGGGUGCGAGGCUGGUUCCUGCUGGACUCUUACCUCCCCACCUUCGCCCUCACCGUGCUCUACCUGCUGGCCAUCGGGCUGGGCAGCCACUACAUGCGGGCCCGGCCGGCGUACUCCCUGCGGGGGACCCUCACCGUCUACAACCUCGGGGUCACGCUGCUCUCGGCGUACAUGCUGGUGGAGCUCGUCCUCUCGACGUGGGCUGCGGGCUACAACUUGCAGUGUCAGAACCUCAACAGCGCCGGCGAGGGCGACAUCCGGGUGGCCCGCGUGCUGUGGUGGUACUACUUCUCCAAGUCGGUGGAGUUCCUGGAUACCAUCUUCUUCGUGCUGCGGAAGAAGAGCAGCCAGGUCACGUUCCUGCACGUGUACCACCACGCGUCCAUGUUCAACAUCUGGUGGUGCGUGCUCAACUGGAUCCCCUGCGGCCAGAGCUUCUUCGGGCCCACCCUGAACAGCUUCAUCCACGUGCUCAUGUACUCCUACUACGGCCUGUCCGUGUUCCCGUCCAUGCACCGCUACCUGUGGUGGAAACGCUACCUCACGCAGGCGCAGCUGGUGCAGUUCCUCCUGACCAUCACGCACACGCUGAGCGCCGUGGUCCGGCCGUGCGGCUUCCCCUUCGGCUGCCUCAUCUUCCAGUCCUCCUACAUGCUCACCCUCGUGGUGCUCUUCCUGAACUUCUACGUUCAGACAUACCGGAAAAAGCCGACGAGGAGAGACAGAGGAGAGCCGCCGGCGGGAAAGGACGUGAACGGGUUUUCCCCGGCCCUUCCCAGCUCCGCCAACGGGGUCCGCGCCAGGAAGGUCCAGUAAAGGUCUCGGGGGGAGCCGCGCGGAACCGCCCCGCAGACCCACGCGUGCCACAGCACAGACUGCACUCGGAGCCCUGUCCGUGCCGGCGGGAACUAAUUCCUCUGUUUAUAAAUCAUUUGUACCUGGAAGCGUAUUAAUAUAUGGCGAUUAAUCCGUUAACCGGCCUCUGCGGGAAGGGGCUUGACGCUAACGCCUUACGCCCCCAGCGCCACAUGGCCUCGAGAUAAAGUGCUCACCUUCAGCCAGAGGGACUUUCCUCGCCGCCAGAAGCAGCAAUGGCCUGGGGUCACCAGGUCCUUUGUCCCGUUAGGGUCCCCCCCCAGGAAUCCUUCCCAGGCGCCAUAAACGGGACGCAGAGAUGUCUCCCAGACAGUCCCCAGAGCCCCGGUCCCCCGAGCCCCCGUGCCGUGCGACUCCUUGACUUUUGACGAAGGGAAGCUGGUCUUCCCGCUGCGCAUCGCUCGGCCCAAACACCGGUUCCCCGGGCGCCGUGUCCAGGGCAGAACCCAGCCGGGCCCACGCAGCCGGGUCUGUGGGUCGCCGGCACCGUCUGGGUCCGAGAGCAGGCCCGGCUGUGAGGGGCUCACCUGUGCCUCCAGGCUAACGCUGACGCCCAGGACGGCGCCUGCCCUUUCCCUCUUCCUCUCUGGCCCCCUGUUCUGCUUUGAACCACUGAGUCUGAGCCGGCUGUGCGUGCGGGCCGGGGUCCGUCGUGAGACCAGCAGGGGCGGCGCCCGCAUGGAGCUGCUCCCGCCCCGAACCCCAACCCAGGAGCUUCCCGGAGCCCAGCCCGUGUGGGACCCGGGGGGCUCCGUGCACUCACUUCCAAGGGAAGCCCCCGGGCCCCUCAGCGGGGUGAGGCCCAACCCCUCUCCCCGCCUUCACGAGGGGCACAGCCACGGCCCCGGGGUGGGAGGGGUUUAAGCCUCGCCCCGACACUGGCUGGUCCCCAGCGCCCAGCUCCUCCCAGGGCCAAGUUUCCAGGAGAUUCACCUGCGCUCAGCUGACAGUCCCGGCCGCUGGGACGAAGCACUUACGGGUACGCCUGAGGUCUGGCAAAGAACAAACUAGAACAAACACCCUUCUAGUCGGGGUCCCUCCCCCGCUGAAGCAGGUGCAUAUUUUAAACUGUCAUAAGUGUCCCAACUUUAUAUAUAUAUAUAUAUACAUAUAUAUAUGAAAUCUAGGCAAAAAAAAAGAGCAAGAUAUUUUUCCCAAAAUUUCCUCUUACAGGAGCGAGACUUUUACUGCAAGCAUAUCUACUAAUCAUUUUUUAAAACAAGUAGAAUGUUUACUUAAUGGAGUCAGACACAGAAACUCUUCCUCUGUCCACAGAGAUCCGUAGGCAUUUGGGAGAAUAAGGUCACUCUCUCCAGAUGUAUUUAUUUUUAAGGCCAAAAUGGUGUUUAUUCUGAAGGGCAGAAGAGCACUUUGUCAGGAGCCAUGCGACUCUCUCCAGGGUCUCUGACCCCCUGUGUUCUCCCUCCCUGGGCUUCCUUGCUAGGGAAUCAGAAAGUCACUUUAUUUCCCUCUGAAAUCGCUUGUACCUAGAGAAUGUCUCCGGCUGGGGUGGGCGCGGAGGCCUUUUCCUCUGCAGACAGAAAGGCAUCCUGUGUGAUUGCUGGGUAAUAAAUCGCUUUUUACACUAA